CGACGGGAGAGUAUUCAUUCAUAAAACUAAGCGAGGAGUGAGGCUAAGCCAGCGUGCACCGGGAUUGGUGGGGACCCGACACCGGGAGAGACCGUCUCUCCUCUCUCUUUUUCUCUUCUUCGCGCGCUCGUUCUCUCUAUCGGCCGAUCGUCUCUUCUUUGUCUCUACCGAUCGUGUGUUUCCUCGGUAUAUCGUUACCUUGGCGUUUUGCUCGUGAAUCCUCGUGUUUGCUUUUCUUUGUCGCUUGUGACCCGUUUCUUCGGACAAAUUCGCUUUUCUCAGUAAGUUUUCCGAUUUGCGUCAUUCGUUUUAAUACGCGGUGUUUCCAAAGUUUUGCAAAUUUCCAAAAACCUGGAUCGCACGAUCCGCUGCCGUCUGUAUAAACGCAACGGCAGCGAUCGUAUCCAAUUUGCUAUACGUAUAUCCAUUUUCUCUGUCCUUUUCCCCUCUCGAAGUCAUAUUUGGCUCGGUACACGCAGACCCGCAACGAUCUCCGUUAUCUCGUCAGCCAGCCAACGAGCGAAUCUACGCGAUUCAACGGGCCGAAGGACAAGGAAUAACCCACGGUGCUUGUCCACCUCCGCCGUCGGCUCCGCCGCCACGUCCCCCACGGCCCGUUGCCUCGAAUAAACUCUCUCGAUCCCCUCUCUGCCCUCACGACCGUGUCUCUUCGCCUCUUCUGUUCUUCCCUCCACCAUACACGAUCCUAUCCUCCUCCUUUUCCUCCUUCUCCUCAUUCUCCUCCACCUCUUCUUCCAUGUCCUCUUCGUCCAGCUGACUCGCUCGCUCGAACUUCUUCCUCUACCUCCUCUCUCUUCUACGCUACCUCUUCUUCUUCUGGGUUCCUGCCCUGCGUCUCUCUCUCCUUGCGUACGCACUUACCUGCGGAACGCGGUCGUACGUGCUCGACGGUGGCGCUUCGGCCUGACGAACCAACGAACCGCUCUUCCACCACCAAGAUCGCGCCCGAUCUUCCAUCUAGAUCAUCCGAAAAAUAUCUUCACUCUCGAGGGACUCUCGUAUUAUAUCCGAUCACAGUGGUGUUCUUCUAUGUUACCAUACGUAUAUCGUCGUUUGUCGUUUCGUUCGUUUGUGUGUCUUCGUCGAGUUCCACGUGUGUGCGCACGAUCGGCAAGGCGCCAGUGAGAGAGCGGAUCGAAACGAGCUACGGCCCGAUUCCAAGGAUCGAAAAAUCGUGGCACGACUCGCGAGGACGUCGCGAACUGGAAGCUCUCCUCGCGUAUUUUCGGAGCCAGGUCCCCGCGAUCGAGCCUCCUCUGCUUCCGCUCCGGUGUCCCCCCCUCUUCUUUCACCAGUCAUGGUUGCGCAAGCAGGUAUUCGGAAAUAGCCCGGUGGGUCGCGGUUAUGAAUUGAUAGCAAACACAUGCUGGACACUACGCGCGGACCGGCUUGCAAGACGCGAGGAGUCGCCUCGUGUGUUUCUCUUCGUCGUUCCUGCCAGUCGUAGCCGAGUUCGACCAGUUUCUUCGCCGAGCUGCUCACCUGCCGUCUUUACAGAGAGACCUGCCAUGGCUCGCCGUCUCGUUCUUCUCGAAACCGUGCCUUUGCUUAUCGACAAUGUUCGAUAACGUCUAAAGUUUACAGCAAGUCGAAGAUUUUCUGAUCGCGAAGACUUUCUCUCGACUCUGCUCCGUCACACAGCACCGGACGAUACUCGAGAACGAUCAUUUUUAAACGUUGAUCGUUGUUUGGAAAUUCGAUGAAAGUUUUCAUUCGCGAACCAGCAUUUCGAAAUAGUGUGUAGAAUAGUGUAAGAGAAGUUCUUAACGGCAAGCUCCGCUUCUGUCAGACCACUGAUGCUCCAUUGACAGCUCGCGUCAUCGACCACUCGAACCGCCGACACCUUGAGGAUCUAGCAUGGGCUAAAAGAGAAUUUUCGAUUCCGUCAUCGACUCCCUUUUCGCAAUUAUUGUUCGCGAUGCCGUGACCGAUCGAAGUUCGAUCGUUCGAUCGACGAGCAACGAACGUUUGCCUCGAUGGAACCGGCGAUCGUACCACAACCGAGACGAGUUCAGUUCAACCCCCUACUUGUUGUGUUACUUUCCAUCCAAGUGAUGUAAUAGAGGCGCGUUCGCGCGCGAUACACGCCACAGGGAAAUACAAAAGACGCAAAGUGAAUGACAGUGAUCCGGGAAUUCGUGUAUGUACAGUGAGCACGCGAGGACAGCACUCAUGUACGUUGACUACGGCGGCGACGCUUAUGCCGGAAUGGGAAUCAAGGCCAUGAAGUCCUUCGCCAGGCCCAGAGAUAUACCGGCACAAGUGCCGCCGUUAACACCUGGGACCAACAAGAAGAUGACCGAGGCCCUGGAGGCCUCUUUCGCCUCCUGGGAGAAGGAACGAGUCCGCCUCAACAUAACCAAAGAUCCGAGGCAAUGGUCGGAAGCAGCUGUCGCCCACUGGUUGCACUGGGCCAUAGGGGAAUUCUCCCUGGCUGGUGUGGCGAUGCAACCCUGGCAGAACAUGACGGGGAAACAGAUUUGUGCCAUGGGCAAGGAAUCAUUUUUGGCACGUGCUCCGGCCUUCAUGGGCGAUAUCCUGUGGGAACACCUCGAGAUCCUGCAGAAAGAUGUCGACGCGGCGAAGGCCUCGCUGGAGAACGUGCCGGGCAACAUGUACGAAAGCGUAUGCGUGCCAGAUUUAGGUGAUUUCUUGGGAUACCAGAGCGGUGCUCAUCAGGUCGCGACACCGGAACACAAGAGUCCAGCGACGCCAGCGAGUUCCGCCACCUCGAACUCGUCCGGCCCUCAAAACACUGGAAACCAACCUACGGCUCCGUUGCAACCAUCUUCCGCCGCGGUCUCUCUGCCCUCGAGACAGUAUCAUAACGAUGGAGGUUACAAUCAUCUACGCAGUCCCGUGUGCCAAGACGAGAAUCAGAGAGAUGAAACCUCGCCGCCACCUCAUAGCCAUAACGCUCAAGCGCCCAACUCUCAUUCCAGUACUCCAAACAGCAACAACAACAACAAUAAUAAUAAUAACGCGAACAACGCGUACAUACAUUUACGGAACUUGAACCAGCUGAAGACGGAGUCGAAUUACGGCAACCACCACAUAACGGAGCACCUUCAAGGGGGUGGAGCAGGGUUGACGAGUGGCAACGAUCUCACGGGUACAGGGACUAACGAGAGUGACUUAAGGGUUAGUCAAACGGCAACGGAGAGCUACAUGACUCCGGCACAUUAUUCCGGAUACGAUGAGGCGUCCGAGUAUCACAGUCUGCCGCAGGAUCACCAACCGCCGCAUCCUUUCAAUCUGGAUGGCUCGCCGGAAUUUUACAGCGCCAGUGGAAUUCAAAUCGAGCCGAAAUAUCAGCCAACGCCGUUUAAAAAUUAUCCUCGAGGUCGCUACCACGAAGGAUACAGCGAGAGCGGUGGUUACGGACAAUACGACGCUACGCCAUUCCAAACGGUUCCAGGAAGCGGAAGCGGAGGAGGAGGUGGCGGCGUUGGCGGUGAUCAAUGGGGAGUUGGCCCCCUCGAACACCUGUCUCAUCAUCCGGCAUUCUUAGCUGGCCUUGGUCCAAGGGAUUCAUCCAAUCCUCAUCAUCCCUCGUCUAUUGGGAAUAAUGCCGAUCAGAAACCUCUGUUGCAGAGCGCGAUGAUCCCCGGUUAUACAAGCACUGGACCUUGCUUUACCGGUUCCGGUCCCAUUCAACUCUGGCAAUUUCUGUUGGAGCUGUUAACAGACAAAUCGUGUCAAGGUUUUAUCUCGUGGACUGGCGAUGGCUGGGAGUUCAAGCUGACGGAUCCGGACGAAGUGGCACGUCGUUGGGGUAUCCGUAAAAACAAGCCUAAAAUGAACUACGAGAAACUGAGCCGUGGUCUCCGUUAUUAUUACGACAAGAAUAUUAUACAUAAAACAGCCGGCAAACGAUACGUUUACCGCUUUGUCUGUGACUUACAAAGUCUCUUAGGGUAUAGUCCGGAAGAACUGCACGCAAUGGUCGAGUUGAAGCCAGAAAAGAAGGAAGAAGACUGAGUUUCUGUUAUCGGACGUGUUUAAGGACUGUCAUUUUACAAAUUGAAAAGAAAGAAAAAAAAAAAAAAAUAAGAGGAAUCCGAGUGAUUCCUUGGUACCGCGAGAACAAAGUUCAAACUGACAAUGUAACGAACAAUAUGAACGAACAAACGAAAUGAAGGAACGAGUAACUGAUGUAUUGAUAAAUGAAAGAAUUCUUCUAAUGAAUGGAAGACAGAACCAAUUGAUGUCUUCUAACUGUCAGAUACAUGAUAAAAUCGAAUCGGUCGUAUGUACCAAAGACAGGGUCUGCAUACCAUUGGUGCCUAAAAUUAAUGAAAAUUGUGAAUUUGUUUCUAAGUGAUUAAUUUGCCAAGCCAGAUUUUAGAAGAUAUUUAUAGGAAAUAACAAUUUAUACAUAUUAUAUAUAUUAUACAUAUAAAUAUAUAUAUAUAAAUAUAUAUAAAUAUAUAUAUAUAUAUUUUUAAUGUUACAUGAUUUCUAAGCACUACGUCGAGCAUACGAUACGUCUAAAUUAUUUAUAUCUCAUCAUUUUAAACAUGCGUGUUACAUCCCGUUGAUAGAUAACACCAUAUGUGAUUGUUAUUACUAUACUUUUACUUAUUACAAUAAAGCCAUUAUACCGUUAUUAUAGACGGCGAGCUUGAAUUCGACGUUUAAAUGCUUUUCUACGUGUAGAUUAUUACUAAGUUGUAGUAUUAAAAAUACUGUGUUUCCGAGCUCGCUUGGCUGCAACAACUGCAAAACAAACUUCCUUUUAUACUAUUACCGAUUUUUCUUUUUUCCUAUUCACUUCCUCGAUGUUUAACGUGCGACCAAUCCCAUGUGAAUAAUGUCAGAGAACUAUAAUUAACAGCGUUUUAAGUGCGAAAAAUGUAUGCUGUUAAAUUCGCUACAAGUUGUAUGUUUGAACGCGUUUCUUUUUCUAACGAAAUCAUUUCGUUUCGUUGAUCUCCUUAUUUUACUAACGAUUAAAAGAAGUAAUCAUUUUUUGGAAGGAAGGGGCGACGUGCAACGCAGUAUUGAACAUCAUAGGCCCAUAAAAUAGUAUUUGUAAUAGAAGAUGAUAAUGUUUCUUGGCGCUUAAUUUUAAAGAUUAUCGACUACUCAAAUUUGAUAUAUCUUUUUUCGUUUCGUUUCGUUUCGAAUAUCUUGGAAUAUGGAAUAACUGUUAGAAUUAAAAUGUGCAUACAUCACUUCUCUAUUUCAAAUGCCGUUUUAUUUGUAAUAUGUUGUACGCAUGAUGAAAAUGAUGUCUGCUUUCCGAAGAAAGUUUUUCUUUAAAUCUUCUAAAUUCAUCAGAAACCUGUAACACUAUCGUUUUGCGAAUCAUAGCAAUAAUUAAAAUAUCGACGUUCUUAAGUGAUACUUUAUCAUUUGCAUUGUAUAUAAUAUGUACACGUGUGGAACACUCGAUAACGCGUAUAUAGACGAAAUUCGACGGUAAUGUUGCGACUAGUUUGCGUGAUUCUCACCGUAUUUCGAUGAGCGUUUUCUACGUUGUAAAAAUGUUGUUCUGUUGGACGUAAUAAUUAUUGUAACAAUAUCGAUUGUAUUGAUACGUAUGACAACAGAUAGAAAAGAACGAGGAAGUUUCUUAAACGCGUUACAUAUCCAUAAGCGUAUGUGACAUUACGUAUUUUAUAUAAAUUAAGUAUCUUUAAUUGUGUUUGUUAAAUGUUCGGAUCAAGAGAGAAAGGGUGAGCGAGAGGGAGAGAGAGAAAGAGACGAAGAUGAAACUAAAACUAUGGUUGAAAGAUAUUUCUUAAUGAAGAUUAUAAAAGAAAGACUCGUAGAUCGACGACGAUUAAUGGCGAUUCAAGAAGAAAUUAAGUUAAUCGCAAGAUAAAAGAUCCUGACAUAUCCGUCACGAUUGUUAAGUUUUCUAUAUCUAACGGAAUAAUUUAGACACCUUUAUAGAUUAUCGACAUAUGUGAUUAACAGUAUACCUACUUUGAAAAGUAACUCACGGACAGGUAUCGAAUAAAAUUAACGAAAUCGUUAUAAUUGUGUAACUUCGAAUACACUGUAAAAAUUUGAUGAAGAAACACGUAUGAAAUGAUUUAUAAAUCCCUCCUUCUCUGCACAGGACUAGACGUUCGUAAAUUAAGUUUGAAUAUUUUUAGUCGAAUAAAGGAAAAAAUGAAAAUUAUGUAAAGCUCUACUGCAUAUAUGUGUGUAAAGCAUUCAAUCAUCGUUUCCGACAACUAUGUGAAGUUACGACAGCGACAUGUGAAAAUUUUUCAGUAGUUGCAAUAAAAUAAAGAAAUUUUUAUAAAUA